AUGAUUAUUCCAAUCCGUUGUUUUAGUUGUGGGAAAGUUGUUGGUGAUAAAUGGGAACAAUAUUUAGAGUUAUUACAAGAUGAUAACUUAACUGAAGGUGAUGCUUUAGAUAAAUUGAAGUUGAAAAGAUAUUGUUGUAGAAGAAUGGUAUUAACUCAUGUUGAUUUAAUCGAAAAAUUCUUGAGAUAUAAUCCAUUAGAAAAGAAGGAUAUCAAUUAG